ACUGACGGGGAGUGGCCUUGGUCUGCCUUAUUUGGUUCAGGGGAGGACCUGUUUUCUGCCGGAAGAUUUUAAAACCUUUAAAUAUAAAAUCGACACCUUUAUAUGAAAGUUGGAUUAUAUUAUAAAAGAUAGAAAUGUACAUGAAAUGUUAGCCAAACUGGAUCAUGUUGAUAAUUGAUGGAACGUAACAGGAAGCUGUAGGUGGGCGUGUCUGGGAGCGGGACGUGAUUUAACACCGAGGUGGAGAAGACUAAUCAACCGGAGGAAACACAUUUCUAACUUUGACGUUACCGAACAAAAGGUGUUUCCAAAAGCUCUGUGACGUUCUUGAUUACCUCCCAGAGCUGAUUUGAUUUGACCAGACCAGAACUGAUCGGAUUAUUGAUCACAUUGAUCAGGUACCUCUAACCCACCAAAACAUUGUCAGAGGUCACACGUUUCUAGAAGAUACUUUUUUUUAGAGACUACUGAUUUGGUUAAAGGACCUGUUUGGAUCCUGCUGAUGCACGAAGACGAGGCGCGUCCGACUGGAGGCCACUCCCACCUGGAGGUCUCUGUGACGAUGGAGUCCCCGCCUCCUCACGUCGUCCCCAACGGCAACCCUUCCUCGGCAACAAUAACGGAGCACAUCCCUAACCCCAAGCAUCACCACGACGACCGACAGACUGGCAGAGCUAGCAGCAAAUCCAGCCGACUGAUCCAGUCGCUUAGCAACGGUCUCCAGAAACACAGCGACUACAUCAAGAUUCAGGUACCGGAAGGCCGUAGCAACCGGUUGCCGCGGGAAUGGUGGAAAACAGGGGUGGCGUUUGUGUACGCGUUGUUCAACCUCAUCCUGACCACAGUCAUCAUCACCGUCGUACAUGAACGGGUACCGGAUAAAUCGGUCAGUCCCCCGUUACCGGAUAAGUUCUUUGACUAUGUGGACCGUGUACCGUGGGCGUUUACGGUAACCGAAGUCAACGGGAUGGUGCUGGUGGGACUCUGGUUCAUUCAGUGGCUCUUCCUCAAACACAGGUCCAUCAUUGGGCGGAGGUGUUUCUUCAUGAUUGGAACGUUGUACAUGUACCGUUGUGUCACCAUGUAUGUCACCACACUACCUGUACCUGGUGAACACUUCACCUGCGCCCCCAAGCUUUAUGGAGACUCUGAAGGGAUGGUGUGGCGUAUCCUGGGUCUGAUUAGUGGAGGAGGCCUGUCAAUCACCGGGGGUCAUCUCAUGUGUGGAGACUUCCUCUACAGUGGACACACUGUAACCCUAACACUGGCAUACCUGUUUAUUCAAGAGUACUCCCCCAAGAAGAUGUGGUGGUACGUGUGGUCGUGCUGGUUACUAAGUGUUGUGGGCGUGGUCUGUAUCCUGAUUGGUCAUGAGCAUUACAGCAUUGACGUUGUCAUCGCCUACUUUAUUACAUCACGCCUCUUCUGGUGGUAUCACGCCAUGGCCAACACACAGGCUCUGCGUGGGGCUUCUAACAACUACCUGUCAAGGACCUGGUGGAACCCUGUGUUUAACUUCCUGGAGCGUAACGUCAUGACAACCGUUCCCUGUGUGUUCUCCUGGCCCGUCUCUCUGCCCUCUGCAUGGUGUAACAUUAACCCCUGUGAGAGAUACUCCAUGGUAGAGGGGGAUGGGAACAGAGAGGAGUAGAGGAGGAGGAGGAGGAGAGAGAGGAGGUCCCCUUUGAGAGAGACUCCAUGGUAGAGGGGGAUGGGAACAGAGAGGAGUAGAGGAGGAGAGAGAGA